AUGAUUACCGUCCCGGAACUUGCGGCAGACGCUCUCGGCGAUUUCCUGACAACCUAUGUUCAGCGCCGUUUCGGCCGCUCGGAUCCGGAACUUGCCGAACUGUUACCGUCUAUUGCACGCAUCGCGCUGGAGUGUAUCGGCAAUAGCGACGCGCUUUAUCACAAUAUCGAGCACACAAUGCUGGUGACGCUGGCCGGGCAUGACAUUCUGCGCGGCCGUGCACUCCAUUCGGAUAUGGCCCCGACCGACUAUGCACAUGUCAUCGUUGCCUGCCUUACCCAUGAUAUCGGUUAUGUGCGUGGUAUCUUGCCGGAAGACGAAGACAAUCGCUUCGUCAUUGAUCCUGCCGGCGACAAAAUCAAAUUGCCGCGCGGCGCGUCGGAUGCGUCGCUGACACCUUAUCAUGUCGAUCGCUCCAAACUCUUCGUACAUCAUCGUCUUGCGGGCAACAGCCUUCUCGACCCUGAGCGCGUUGCAACUGCAAUCGAAGGCACCCGGUUUCCAAACAGGUUUCCGGAUGACGGCGAAACACUGUGCGAAGAAGCAAAUUUGUUGAGAGCUGCCGACUUUAUCGGUCAGCUUGGCGACCCGCACUAUAUUCGCAAGGCGAAUGCCCUCUUUUAUGAAUUCGAAGAAUCCGGUCUCAACAAGCAACUCGGCUAUGACACCCCGGCUGACCUGGUGCAUCUUUAUCCGCAGUUCUACUGGAACAGCGUUGCACCCUACAUACAAAAGGCAAUCGACUAUCUGAAAAUCACGACCUCCGGGCGCCAGUGGAUCGCCAAUCUUUAUUCCAAUCUGUUGCUGGCCGAAAAGGACAUGGCGCUUCUGGGGCCGCAACGCUAG